AUGAAGGGAUCAAAGGGGACGGAAUUAUAUUCCGCAGUAAUGUUAGAACAAAUGAGUCGACUGCGGCACCUGUCCGUCGACGGGUCGCCCGACCGCUCCGCCGACUCGUCCACGCGCGGCACGGACGGACGUCUCUCUGUCUGUUCAUACAUCAGAUGGUCUCGUCGUGACGCUCGCGUCGCGCCACGUCGUCUAAUUAGUCCGUCAUUAGGAAGAUAUUAUACUUUUUGGAGGUUCGCUUUGAGU